GCGCAGGCUCGCUGAGCCAGGGCGGGCGAGCGAGCGAGCGAGUGAGGGAGGCGGACACCGCUACACGCUGGCGAGCGAGAGGCCGGCGGAGGCACACAUACACACCCUGAGCCGCGCACACACACACCGACACAGCAUGGAGGCCAUCGCCAAGUACGAUUUCAAGGCCACGGCCGACGAUGAACUGAGUUUUAAGCGCGAAGACAUCCUAAAGGUUUUAAAUGAAGAAUGUGAUCAGAACUGGUACAAGGCUGAGUUGAACGGAAAAGAUGGCUUCAUCCCAAAGAACUACAUUGAAAUGAAACCACACCCGUGGUUCUUCGGGAAAAUCUCCAGAGCAAAGGCAGAGGAACUGCUCAGCAAACAGAGGCAUGAUGGAGCCUUCCUCAUACGGGAAAGUGAAAGUGCGCCCGGUGAUUUCUCACUCUCAGUCAAGUUUGGGAAUGAUGUGCAGCAUUUUAAAGUAUUGCGUGACGGAGCAGGAAAGUACUUCUUAUGGGUAGUAAAGUUUAAUUCUCUGAAUGAACUAGUGGAUUAUCACAGAUCAACAUCUGUGUCUCGGAAUCAGCAGAUCUUCCUGCGUGAUAUCGAGCAGGUCCCACAGCAACCCACGUACGUGCAGGCGCUCUUCGACUUCGACCCGCAGGAGGAAGGCGAGCUUGGCUUCCGCCGCGGUGAGUUUAUCCAGGUUCUCGACAACUCGGACCCUAACUGGUGGAAGGGCAGUUGCCACGGGCAGUCGGGCAUGUUCCCUCGCAAUUACGUCACUCCAGUCAACAGAAACAUCUGAUGGACAGCUGUGCUGAAACCUGAAGGCAAUCACGGCUCCCCCGUGAACUUUGCAGUCUGUAUGGAACUUCAAACUAGAGCGCCAAAACCAAUUCUGAGGUGGAACAGAACAGCUGAGCGGUUUUACCAAUAGGUUUCCACAGCUGCUUCCCCCUCUCCUCUAACCCGUCCCUCUCCUCUUCUCUUCCCCCCCUGUAAGUCUGUGCAUGGGUUAUAAUUCCAUUAUUCUAAUCCUGUUGUAGAAUUUAAAUGUUUUUUCUCUAUGCAAAUUUGGAUAAUCUUAUCAGCAAUGUAACAAUACGGGCAGGAGAUCAGUAACAGUCCUUGCCUUGGGUCUUUUUAAAAGAAAACAAAUCAUUCUUGGCCUUGUGUAUUUCCACAUGGAAUUCCUGCUUUGUUUUCACUGUACAAAUUGUUAAUUUAGCUUGUCCUUGGAAAUAAGCCUAAAGUUUCCUCCAGCAGCUCGCAGCUAUAGGAAUCAUGUAUAAAAUUGUCAAGAUGACGUAAUUUUAGAGAAUAACUUGGCGGCUUUUAUCAACAGCAUGUUCUAGGAGUUUAUACAGGAGGUCGGGCUUCUAAUGGUUUUAAAGGCGUUUGGCUGAGCACUUUCAGAAUUACGUCUUCAUAGUGCCUUUUGAUUUUUUUUUUGUUUAUUUUUCAAAUACAGAUUUAUUUUUUUCUUGCUCUAAUUCACCUUGAUAACUGAGAGCUUCAAGUCAGUUGAUGGGCAGAUAUUGGGCAAUUCACACUGAUGUGCCAUUGGCUAACUAGCCUGCGACUGGGACAGGGAAGUUGACCGGGUCGAGGCCUGGAGAAGCCAGCAGCUUGGUGUUUGAACACUGGUCUCAAAUGAUCAUUGUCCCUCUUCUCCACUGCAGGCAGCCCUAGUUGAGCAGCGGCGCGUCUGACGAGUUAAGCAUUUCUCACUAGCAAAGCUAUGGUUGUCGUGCCAAGUUUAAAAAGGGGCUAAUUCUACAGGCACUGGCAGCAAUUCCUGGUACCUGCUCAUUCUGUCCACUGCAGUGUAGGUACUAACUACAGUUAUCCUGCCAUUCUCUCCACAUUUGCACCAUUCUGCCCAGCUCAUCCCUCUAGCCAGACUAAUAUUUAUGAAACCAGCACUGGUUUUGCUGUGUUCUACUGAGGGAUCUGCAGGCUAUCACCAGCCCAUCCUGGACAUGGGAGAUAGAUUUUUAUUUUGAGCUGAACACAAUAUCUGAUGACGUAACUGAGAAAUUCUAGUUCUUAGUGAACUUUGGUUUUUAAAGCUGGCUUGCAUUUUUAUUAAAUUCUUCGCUUCUGUCACAAUCAAGCACUGUAAUAAUUUAUUUCUUAGGCCAUUUUGCUUUUUAAGUCAGUGAUCAUGAAAAUUAGUUGCAAUUGAACCGAUGUUGAAAGUUACUGCUGUUCAGUCCAAUUGCCUUGGAUCCACGAAUACAACAGCUUAUGCUGAUCCUUGCAUGGGUAACCCCAGCCCAGUUACACUUUGCCAAAUCUGCCAUGAUGGGUAAGCCUGCUCCUUGGCAUUGUGGCAUCUUCCUGACGUCUCUGCAUUUUAUGUGCUGUUCUGGUGACGUGAUACUCAAGUCCCCCACGUGGCUGGCCCUGCACACUGGGUUUGUAUGCCAGUCAUGGCCACUCAGUGGUCUGAAUCUGGCAGUUGUAAAAUUGCCAGCAUGCCCAAUUUCUAGUGGCACCGCAGCAUCUUGCCAGGGGAGGAGAUGGUGGGCAGGCUAAACGGGCAUAGAAGUGCUAAUAUUUGCAUGUGACCCAUCUCUGUUAGCAAUGGAACAUUGGACGAUGAGCAAACUUCGGGCAGAGAAAUUAGAGUAUUGAGUAGAUCAUUGUCAGAAUUUACCAAUCCUUGGAAGAAGGAAUAUCAGAGUUGUCACUGAAGUCUGGAGUCAGUGUAUUGGCUUUCACUACAAAUCAGGAAAAAGUGUCACCAUGGAAACCUGACCCAAUCUAGUUACUGCUAGUAGGAUGUGGGCAGUUUCUGCAAAGACACAAGAUAACAAUUAGUGCCUGAAUAAUGUUAAGGAUGUCUCCAUGCAUCAAUUGCUGAUACAUCAAUUGUUGAAGAGCAGAUUAGAAAUUAAAUUCUGGAAUCAUUCAUAUACAAGAAUUUCCUAAAUACAGCCUGGGGUUGGUGGGGAUAGGGGCAUGGUCCAGUCAAAAGUGGCCAAGACACACUGAGAUAAGCUCCAAAGCAGACAGGUAGAAAUUAAAGCUCCUGAUCCAUCCCCUGGAAUCAUCUGCCCUUUUCCCUCUGGUGGUAGUUCCUCCUUCACCAUCCUCACCCUCCCCUCCACUAUCUCCUUUGCCAUGCCUAUAAGUGAUACAGCACAUUAACAUUAAAUAUAUAUAAUUAUAAACAGCAGCUUGCCUGUUUAUUGAUGAUUGGUUUCUGUUUUGUUGAUGUGACCAGCUAGAGUUACCAUCUAUGCGUUAAGUACAUGGACAAGAAUGCAUCUGGUUCAGCCCCUGCACAGUCCAAUUUCCUGCAUGCACUUUCAAGGACUGUUGAUAGAGAACUUGCUUUAAAGGGGAAUACAAUACUUCUGACUGAAAGCCAGUCAGCCAAAUGGUGGGUAAUGCCUUAGAGCUUAAACAUUCACAACCUCUAGAAACACACACGCAACUUGUCGGUAGUGGUAAGUGGAACCAACCCAUUAAGUCCUGAUGGUUGACUCAAAGCAUGCGUUACAAUGCAUCGACUGAGCAAGAUGGAAACUGCACAGUCUGUAACGGUAACUUCUGUUCCCCAACCCACAGAUUGAUUUGUAAUAACAGUUCCUAAAAGAGCCAGGAAUCGAGGCCUAAGCCAGUCUUUAAGCUGAACACGAAUACUGUUGUACAGAAUUAUGUACAUGUGGUGCAAAUUUAUUUAAUUUUUUUAAUUGCAUAAAUCUGUAAGCACAGCAUUUGUGACUGGGCAUGGUUAGCAUAUUCUGAUACCGACAUCUUAUUGGCAUAGGCACCAGAGGAUAUUGAAUCAAUCAAUGCGUUUUUCUUUUCUUUUUUAAGCACCUUGAUCUUAAUAUAUCCUCUCAGUCACCUGCAAUAGAUUUUAUUUACCCCAGUGUUAUUGAGUAACAAACUUGUCCCCACUGUACUUUAUCCUAAUAUUAUACUGUGAUAUACACGUACCAAUGGAAUACCUUGUUGCACAUAUCCUGCAUUCUAAUAUUGUAGUGACAUAUUUAUCCUCCUGUGCCAUACCCUAAUGUGCAGUGACAAACCAACUCCACAUUUGGUAAGAUGGACGGUAUUAGAGUGCUGGCUAUUUUUUGGUUUAUGAUUAACACUUUAUAUGCCCACUGUUACCCUGAGAUUCUAGUGGAUGAAGGAGUGGAAUGACAUGUUUACCGACAAAUGUGUGUAGCCUCUUCUCACAUACAGUCUAUGGAAUACCCCACCAAGUUUGUACAUGCUGGGGGAGCGUGUACAGGACAAGAAAGCUAGCUUAUGAACUGGUCAGGGAUAUGACUUCUGUAAGGUAAUUCUGAUUAUCCUCUGGGAUCAGAUUCCAAGCGUACUGGGCACCAGGAGGUUUGACUGUGUUUGCAGGUUGGUCUGAAAUUAAGUUUUGGUUCCUGGAAUCCAGUAACAUUUUAAUUUAAUUUCCCUGAGAGUUUGUUUCUGCCUUACACUGGGAAACUGCAAAGGAAUGAUGAGACUAAUGAGAUUGAGCUUUCCACUACACACUGUCACCAAAACUAUUAAAUGUGUGUGAGAGCUUUUGGCAAAUGGACCAUUUGAUUGUUUACUUUAUUUGAAUUGGUGUAUAUCAUAAGCCUUGCAGACAUUUCAUGUAUAUAUUUUUAAAAAAUCAAUGUUAAAAUGGAAAGGCCUGUGUACUUAUCCCUUGAUUCUCAAUGCAUUUGGUAGUUAGAAAUUAACUGUGAAUAAUAAAAUGCUGUGUAUUCUUCAUGAA